GGCGGUGCGCGGGAAGGGAACCCCCGGAGGCCCCGCGGCGGCGGCCGAGACCCGGGGACCAGCCGCCUUCCCGGGGUUGGGUAGGGAUCCGUUGCGGGCCGGCCGCCAGUCUCAGCUCGGUCGCGGGCCAGGCCCGGCCCCGGUCCUGGGCGCAGCAUGAAGUGUCUGGUCACGGGCGGCAACGUGAAGGUGCUCGGCAAGGCCGUCCAUUCCCUGUCCCGUAUCGGGGAUGAGCUCUACCUGGAGCCCCUGGAAGACGGGCUCUCUCUCCGGACGGUGAACUCCUCUCGCUCUGCCUAUGCCUGCUUCCUCUUUGCCCCACUCUUCUUCCAGCAGUACCAGGCAGCCACCCCUGGUCAGGAAGCCCUGCGCUGUAAGAUCUUGAUGAAGUCGUUCCUGGCCGUCUUCCGCUCGCUGGUGAUGGUGGAGAAGACUGUGGAGAGAUGCUGCAUCUCGCUGAAUGGCAGGAACAGCCGCCUGGUGGUCCAGCUGCACUGCAGAUACGGGGUGAGGAAGACUCACAACCUGUCCUUCCAGGAAUGCGAGUCCCUGCAGGCCGUCUUCGACCCAGCCUUGUGCUCCCAUGUGCUCCGUGCCCCCGCACGGGUCCUGGGGGAGGCUGUUCAGCCCUUCCCCCCCACAUUGGCAGAAGUGACGCUGGGCAUCGGCUCUGGCCGCAGGGUCAUCCUGCGCAGCUACCAGGAGGACGAGGCAGACAGGACUGUCAAAGCCAUGGUGACGGAGAUGAGCAUCGGGGAGGAGGACUUCCAGCAGCUGCAGGCCCAGGAAGGGGUGGCCAUCACUUUCUGCCUCAAGGAAUUCCGGGGACUCCUGACUUUCGCAGAGUCCGCAAACUUGUCUCUUAGCAUUCACUUCGAUGUGCCAGGCAGGGCCUGUCAUCUGCCUAGGCCAGCCAUCUUUGCCAUCAAGGACUCCCUGCUGGACGGACACUUCGUCCUGGCCACAAUGUCCGAGUCGGACCUGCGCUCCCCAGAGCGACACAGGCUGGCGCCUCCGCUCCAGGCUCACAGCACACCCCACCUGGAUGACUUUGCCAAUGACGACAUUGACUCUUACAUGAUCGCCAUGGAAACUACUGCAGACAUCGAGGGCUCCCGGGCAGUACCCUCUAUGUCCUUUUCACCAGGCCACCAGCCCCCUUCUAGCCCUGGCCCCUACUCAGAGGACAACGACACUGAGCCCAGUAUAGAGCCUGGGACUCCCCCCCCCAAGAAGUUCCGCUCGCUGUUCUUUGGCUCCGUCCUCGCCCCUGCACGCUCCCCUCCCGGCCCCAGCCCUGUGCUGGCUGAAGAUAGUGAGGGUGAAGGCUGAACUGAGAACAAGCCCAUGUCCAGACGCCCUGGACUAGAUGAAGCCACGGCCUCCCCCUUCCCCCAGAGGGCUGAUCUCUGCCCUGGUGGGUGGUAAAGGCGGGCUGUGCUGGAGUGGAGCUGGUUGGUCUUGUCCCCACCUCAGACCCCUCCCAGCUGUCUGUGACUAGCCUGGGUCCUGUCUUCUCUCACCAACUCCCAACCAAUCAUGUCUGUUCCCAGGUUUGGCACUGAACUGCCACCUGAUGGGAGGUCCCUCACCUGUUCCUCCCCGUAGGCCUUCAGGCUAGACUCCUAACUACGUAGCCAGGGUGGACACCUGCCUUCCCUAAGACAAAAGUCACAAAGGGGCUCUUGGCCCCUGCUACUCUCCCGGCUUUGCCAAUCAUGACGUGUCCCUUCCUUAAACCCUGAGCACGCCCCUGGGAUCCCUUGAGCCGGCAGACUAUUUUUCUUGCUUUCUCUAUGCUGUCUGGCCCUGGUUUGGAAUUCUAAGCCCCUGUGGACCCGAGCCUGUGGCUGGGGUUGCCUUGGCUGGCACCCCAUGCCCAGCAAGCCUGUCCUCCCAAGCGGCUCUGGGCAGAAGGGCUGCCAGUCUCAGUAUUUGGGACAAGGGAGACAGAGGCCGUGGCGAGAAUCCAGCUUUGACCUUUAUUCAAGAGACCAGAUGGGUCGCCCCAGGAUCUGUCUGCUGGCCCUGAGGCCAAGUGAGGCUGGAAACCCACAUCUGGCCCUGCUUUGCCCUGAGCUGCAGCCUCAGCCCCAGGGUCCUGCUUGUCACCACCGCCGGUGCAGGCGGAAGGAGCCCUGGGGGACUGGACGCUGCUAUCGAUUCAUUAAAAAAAAAGAAAAAGAAAAA